UCGUCGGCCCGGAGCAGCUGGAGUCCCACGGACUCACAGGACCCUGGAGGAGCCGCCUCUGCCAGGGGAGUCCCUCGAACUGAGAGGACGCGUUCUAGUGCGACCCGGCCGGGUCUGAGGUUCAAGCUCAGGUCCCCUAGCCCAACGGUUAGGAGAUGGAUGCGCCAUUUAAUCAGCAAGAAUUCACUGAACAGCCACUGUGGACCAGGCCCUGGGCUGGGUGCUGAGGGGAGAAAGAGGACAAGAUUGGCCUCCAGCCCUGAGCAGCUCACAGUCUAGUAGGAGACCUGUAAAGAGGCAGUUACUGUGCCACAGUGCUGAGGACUCAGAGGAGUGUGGAAUGGGUGUCUUCCACAGAGGCAGAGGCCACCAUGGAGCAGUGUGCGAGUGUGGAGAGAGAGGUGGACAAGGUCCUGCAGAAGUUUCUGACCUACGGGCAGCACUGUGAGCAGAGCCUGGAGGAGCUGCUACACUACGUGGGCCAGCUGCGGGCUGAGCUGGCCAAUGCAGCCCUCCAGGGGACCCCUCUCUCUGCCACCCUCUCCCUGGUGAUGUCCCAGUGCUGCCGGAAGAUCAAAGACACCGUGCAGAAACUGGCUUCGGACCACAAGGACAUUCACAGCAGCGUCUCUCGAGUGGGCAAAGCCAUCGACAGGAACUUUGACUCUGAGAUCUGUGGUGUCGUCUCCGACGCAGUGUGGGACUCACGGGAGAAGCAGCAGCAGAUCCUACAGAUGGCCAUCGUGGAGCACCUGUACCAGCAGGGCAUGCUCAGUGUUGCUGAGGAGCUGUGCCAGGAAUCCACCCUGAAUGUGGACUUGGACUUUAAGCAACCUUUCCUGGAGCUGAAUCGAAUCCUGGAAGCUCUGCAUGAACAAGAUCUAGGGCCGGCGUUGGAGUGGGCCAUCUCCCACAGGCAGCGCCUGCUCGAGCUCAACAGUUCCCUGGAGUUCAAGCUGCACCGACUGCACUUCAUCCGGCUCCUGGCAAGCGGCCCCGAGAAGCAGCUAGAGGCCCUCAGCUAUGCCCGGCACUUUCAGCCAUUUGCACGGCUGCACCAGCGAGAAAUCCAGGUGAUGAUGGGCAGUCUGGUGUACCUGCGGCUGGGCUUGGAGAAGUCACCCUACUGCCACCUUCUGGACAACAGCCACUGGGCAGAGAUCUGCGAGACCUUUACCCGGGAUGCCUGUUCCCUGCUGGGGCUCUCGGUGGAGUCGCCCCUCAGCGUCAGCUUUGCCUCUGGCUGUGUGGCGCUGCCGGUGCUGAUGAACAUCAAGGCCGUGAUUGAGCAGCGGCAGUGCACGGGGGUCUGGAGUCACAAGGAUGAGUUACCGAUCGAGAUCGAACUGGGCAUGAAGUGCUGGUACCACUCGGUGUUUGCCUGCCCCAUCCUACGGCAGCAGACGUCAGAUUCCAACCCUCCCAUCAAGCUCAUCUGCGGCCACGUGAUCUCUCGAGAUGCGCUCAACAAGCUCAUUAACGGUGGAAAGCUCAAGUGUCCCUACUGUCCCAUGGAGCAGAACCCGGCUGACGGGAAACGCAUCAUAUUCUGAUACCCGCCUGGGAGGAACUUUGUCAAAAGGGGCUUUUCACCCUUGAGCCUUGGUCUUGUCUACGCAAGGGUAGCUGCUGUCUGUGGAUUGUGGUUCACUUCAGCGCAAAUGGCCGAGUGCCACUCCAGGCAGAGGCCAAGAAGGGAGAUGAACCAGUUUGUGCCAGGCAGCUGGCUCCUUGGCCAUGAGGGUAGGCAGACACUGGCCUCUGCACUCCUGCCGUUUCCCUAUCUGUAUCUGCCACUGACUUAGUCACAACCAACAGAGAGGCAGAGGACUUGGCAGGCAACACGGACAUCUUCCCAGUCCUGGCAUCCUGCCCCCAGCCGGGUCGCUGAUGGCUACACCCAUGCUGUAUCUGCUGCUCCAGUGGUACAGCCUCACAACUGUAUGUAUCCACUUCCCACUGUAAAUAGUCAGGUUUGAACUGAAUGCCGUGGUUUUAUAACUGAGCAAAUAUAUUCACAGGCCUUCUCCUUA